AUGAGAUUCUUCAUUAUCCUUCUUUUGGCUCUUUUGGCUGUCACUGUUCUUGGUAAGUUCAAUUUAAAUUUUAAAAAUUGAGAAAAAUGACAAUUUUUAAUUUUGUUUUCUCUUUGAAUAUCAUCAUAUACACCAUGCCCUUUAGGAGCUGCCCAGCACGGUAAGAAGCCAGCCCACCACCCUCCAGCCCACAAAGCUCCAGCUCACAAAGCCCCAGCCAAAUCCGGUACUAAAGCUCCAUCUGGAACUGGUGCCACUUCAGCUGCCAAGACUAGUGGUGCUGCUGCGGCCGCUACUACCGCCAAGGCUGCUUAG